UUCCAUGCCUAUUUAUAUCACUUUGAAACCUCAUCAGAUAUCCACCAUCACCAAUAACAACUAUAACCAAUCCUUUUCUCUUCCACAUCCUCCUCCACUUCUCACCAUGGACAUUCAACUUCCUUCUUGGCUUUUUUCUUAUGCAGCUGCUUGGAUAGCCACUCUGGCCCUCCUCCUCCUCUCCCGCCGUCUCCGCCGCCGCAAGCUCAAUCUUCCCCCCGGACCGAAGCCGUGGCCAUUGAUCGGAAAUCUCAACUUGAUUGGCUCUCUGCCCCACCAAUCCAUUCAUGAACUCUCCAAAAAAUACGGCCCCAUUAUGCAUCUUCGUUUCGGGUCCUUCCCUGUUGUGGUCGGAUCCUCUGUCGAAAUGGCAAAGAUUUUCCUCAAAACACAUGAUCUCACCUUCGUGUCCCGCCCCAAAACGGCCGCUGGAAAGUACACUACCUAUAACUAUUCCAACAUUACUUGGUCUCAAUACGGUCCUUACUGGCGCCAAGCUCGGAAGAUGUGUUUGAUGGAGCUUUUCAGUGCUAGACGGCUUGAUUCUUAUGAGUAUAUACGCAAGGAAGAAAUGAAUGCUCUGCUUAAAGAUAUUUACAAGUCCUGUGGUCAAGUGAUUAAGCUUAAGGAUUACUUGUCUACAGUGAGUUUGAAUGUGAUAAGUCGGAUGGUGUUGGGAAAGAAGUAUACGGAUGAGUCAGAGAAUGCGAUUGUUAGUCCAGAUGAGUUCAAGAAAAUGUUGGAUGAGUUGUUCUUGCUGAGUGGUGUGCUUAACAUUGGGGAUUCAAUUCCAUGGAUUGAUUUCUUGGAUUUGCAGGGUUAUGUGAAGAGAAUGAAGGCGUUGAGCAAGAAGUUUGAUAGGUUUCUUGAACAUGUGUUGGAUGAACAUAACGAAAGGAGAAAGGGAGUUGAGAAUUAUGUGGCUAAAGAUAUGGUGGAUGUUUUGUUGCAAUUGGCUGAUGAUCCUCAUCUUGAAGUUAAACUUGAAAGGCAUGGAGUCAAGGCGUUUACUCAAGACCUUAUAGCAGGUGGAACAGAGAGCUCAGCGGUGACAGUAGAAUGGGCAAUGUCAGAGCUUUUGAAAAAGCCAGAGAUAUUGAACAAGGCAAGAGAAGAGCUUGAUAGAGUAAUCGGAAAGGAAAGAUGGGUAGAAGAGAAAGACGUUGUUAAUUUACCUUACAUCGAUGCAAUCGCCAAAGAAACAAUGAGGCUUCACCCUGUAGCUCCAAUGUUAGUGCCAAGAAUGAGUCGAGAAGAUUGCCAAAUUGCAGGGUACGACAUAGCCAAAGGCACCAGAGUGUUAGUGAAUGUAUGGACCAUUGGGAGAGACCCAACAGUGUGGGAAAAUCCCUACGAAUUUAACCCAGAAAGGUUCAUGGGAAAGACCAUUGAUGUGAAAGGCCAAGACUUUGAGCUUCUGCCAUUUGGGUCUGGAAGAAGGAUGUGCCCUGGAUAUAGUCUUGGUCUUAAAGUUAUUCAGUCAAGUUUGGCUAAUUUGUUGCAUGGGUUUUACUGGAAGUUGGGUGGAGAUAUGAAGAAGGAAGAUUUGAAUAUGGAUGAAGUUUUUGGUCUCUCAACUCCUAAGAAAUUCCCUCUUGAUGUUGUGGCAGAGCCUAGGCUUUCUCCUUUUCUUUACUCCAUAUAAGCAAGCACCAAUACUUAAAGUAAAGGAAUUGCUCUAGUUUCUCUAAGUCAAUCAAAAUAAUUCAAAUGAGAAGAGAUAUCAUAUGGUUGCCAAUGUGAAAAAUAGUAAAGAUAGUAAAAUGUGAGUUUGUUUGCUUUUUCAUUGAGUUUAGUUUGUCAAGUAGGUGAUAGAUAUCUCUAUUAUCACAACUGAUCUGUUACUUAACAUUUCUGUUCUUCAGUUGUAUAUUUUGUUAUACGUUUUGCCUCUAUACAAAGAGAUGUGUGCUUCGUCACGUUAUUCAAUGAAAAGAAUUCUAUUUUCUGUGAUCAUUCAA